AUGCCUGUCAAGAGCAUCCGAGUCGCCAGCCAUAUAGCAGAUUUGAGGGAAACUUUCGAGACGCUAAGGACUCAUAAGAUGAAGCUCAAUCUGGCCAAAUGCGCUUUCGGCGUCUCCUCCGAGAAGUUCUUGGGAUUUAUGGUCUCGCAGAGAGGAAUCAAGGAAAAUCCUGAGAAGGUGAGUGCUGUCUUUGGAAUGCAAUCUCCUCAGACCACCAAGCAACUACAGCAGCUGACCUGGAGAAUAGCAGCCUUAAACUGCGAGUACGAGGAAGCCUUCGGGAAGCUAAAAGAAUAUCUGACCAAUCCGCCACUCUUGAGCCGCCCAGAUGAAAGGGAAAUACUAUAUCUCUACCUAGCAGUAUCUCCCUCGGCUGUCAGCUCGGCUUUGAUCCGCGGGGACUCAAGUAUCCAAAAACCGAUAUAUGUUACUAGCAAAGCACUCCAUGGAGCCGAGGAGAGGUACCCUCGGAUUGAAAAAUUAGCCUUUGCCUUAAUUGUCUUGGCACGAAGACUAAGGCCAUACUUUCAAGCACAUGCCAUACGGGUGUUGAUCGAGUAUCCAAUGAAGAAGAUAUUGCAAAAAGCAGACCUCUCUGGCAGGUUGGUGAACUGGUCGGUAGAGCUGGGGCAAUUCGACAUAGAAUUCCAUCCACAUACUUCCAUCAAGGGCCAGGUCCUUGCUGACUUUCUUUUGGAAUUUAGUAACACACCUGAGACCGAAGAGUUGCCCAAGAAGGAAACAUGGAUAGCAUAUGUAGACGAUUCCUCUACUAACCGAAAAAACGGAGUUGGUGUCACUCUUGCAAGCCCGGAUGGAGAAAAAUUCCAAUAUGCAAUCAAGUUGGACUUUGUUACCACCAACAAUGAGGCGGAAUAUGAGGCCGUGUUGGCCGGGCUCUCUAUAGCCCGAGAGAUAGGAGCAAGAAACAUAGAAAUCAGGAGUGAUUCUCAAGUGGUAGUAAGCCAUAUUCAAGGACUAUCUGUGGCUCAAGGUGAAAAAAUGAUCCAGUAUCUCAACAAGGUACGUGAAUAUCAGUCUACCUUUGACAAGACCGCUUUGACAAAAAUUCCUCGGGAGGAUAAUGUCCAGGUCGAUGCCCUCUCCAAAAUAGGCUCUGGAACCAGGCCAGUCGUCAAAACAUCUGCCUACGAAGUGGUGGUGCAGACCGAACCUUCAAUCAUCCCGAAGUUAGAUAUGAUGGAAGUCAAAGAAAGAUCAACCGAUCUCGAGUGGGACACUGAUGUUCUUCAGUACCUCCGAAACGGAUCCUUUACUUGA